GUCAAUGAAGAAGCUAAUUGCUGUAACCGUCACACAAAGGUGAUCGGAGAUUCAUAGUUAAGGGAGAGCUCUCUCGCUCUCCCCCUCUCCUCCCUGAACCUGUGAGUUCAGUAUGAGAGGAAGUUGCGGUCCGAGGUAUGAUCUUCAGGUUUUGGUUUUAAUUUGGAGUUCCAACUUUUGGAUCCAGUAGAGAGUACUCAGACAUGUGAAUGUGCAUUGGGAUUAUGCGAACAAGUCCGUUUCACGCAACAGAUCCCCCCCCCUCCCCCACAUUUUUUUUUUCUUUUUUAAACAUAACCAAACUGUGUUUGCUUCUUUCAUCUAAAAUCAUCCCAUUGAUCAAAUCGGAUCUGAACAAAAAUGGCUUGAAGUUGGAAUUGGAUCUGUCCCAUGUAAAGCUUGCCCAUAACAGUCCGCCUAAUCAGGCUCGUGAUGCUUUGGGUUAAUCAAAAUGCAGCCUCCGCUAUCGUCUGCGAAGCAUCACGCAUCAUCCCGAUUGGUAAACAUCUUUCUGAUCCUGUCAUCUAUGAUCAUCGUCUAUCUGCUUGUAUCGAUGUUUGUAGUCUUCACUUCCAAGAACGUGCUUGUAUAUUUUUCCGAGCAAGAGCCGUCUGGCCAGACUUCUCUCGAUCAUGUUGUUUUCGGGAUCGUUUCGAGCCGAAAUUCGUGGCCAGACAGCAAGGAAUUCGUCAAGCUCUGGUGGCGGCCUCAGCAAAUGGGGGGCUGCGUGUUCCUCGAAAGCUUUCCGCUUGAUUGGGAUUUAUACAACGAUACAGAUUCUCUUCCUCCAUUGUGCAUUUCUGGGGACACUUCUCGGUUCCGGUACAGUCACCGCGGCGGGUCCCAGUGGGCUAUACGAGCUGCCCGGGCGGUGUCGGAAAUCAUGGCGUUGAACCGCUCCAAUGCUCAGUGGUAUGUCUUCGGGGAUGAAGACACGAUCUUCUUCCCAAACAACCUGGUGAAGACACUCUCCAAGUAUGACCACAGGCUAUGGUACUAUAUAGGAGCUAGCUCAGAGAAUUUCGAACAGAACCGAGCCUUCGGAUUUGGGAUGGCCUUUGGUGGGGCUGGUUUCGCCGUCAGCUCUUCCCUUGCAGGGGUUCUGGCCAAAGUGCUAGACUCAUGCUUGGAGCGUUAUCCUCAUCUUUACGGAGGUGAUUCUAGAGUUUACUCUUGCAUCGCAGAGCUAGGAAUCGGAAUGACACAUGAGCCGGGAUUCCAUCAGUUUGAUGUUCGAGGUGAUGCAUUCGGUUUAUUAGCAGCGCACCCGGUAACCCCCUUGGUAUCCAUCCACAACCUACCGGCCAUCGAUCCGAUCUUUCCCAACAAGACAACCGCAGAAGCCUUGGAACACUUCUUCAAAGCUGUGGAAGCUGAUCCCGAGAGGAUUUUGCAGCAAACCAUCUGCUAUGACCGAUGGUUUUCCUGGACGAUCUCGGUUUCCUGGGGAUACGCAGUUCAGGUCUUUCCAAGGCACCUGUUUUUGCCCGAUGCGACCCAAGUCCAAGAGACCUUCAAGCCCUGGAAGGGAGGGAACGUAUUUGGGGAAUCAUACACAUUGGACACGCGAAAGCUUCAUCCUGACCCCUGUGGAAGAUCCACAAUUUUCUUCUUUGAUCAAGUCUAUGCGGACCAUGAUGGGAUUAAGAGCACUUAUAAGAAAUCUCCCGAUAACUGCCCAUAUGACGCGACUUCACCUAAGUACGUCGAGGAGAUCCGAGUUUACUCUGACAAGCUAGACCUUAGUGUCCAACAGUUGCAGGCCCCAAGGAGGCAUUGCUGUGACUUAUUACCUUCCUCUAACAAUAAGGUGUUCGACAUUGCAAUCAGGCAGUGCAAAGAAGAAGAAUUAAUGUACAUGCACCUGUAGCAGUGUGUCGAGAGAUUUCCGAUGAACAAAUACUAUAUCAGUCCAUAUUGUAUACAAGAUAAGGUUGAUUUCUUUUAUUCAUA